UCAGAGGAUGUGGGCCAGAGUUGUGUGGAUGGAAAAUGACAAGGAAGUAGGUGUUAUUCCAGAACACUGGAUCAAAGAUCAAACUGUGUGGUGGCUCCCAAAUAAAUAUUACAACGCAAUAAAGGAUUGGUCAACACCCACUCUGAAGUCAUUUCAGCUUCUGAGAAUCAAACUGACAUCAGAAUCGCAUGAGGAAUGUAAUCUGCCACCUCCAGCCACUACUGCCUCCAAGUUAUGCAAAGGACCAGAAAACCUGGGCCAAUGCUACCAAGAAACAAAUGGCUAAAAUGCAGCACAAGCCACCAAAUAAUGACGGUGAGGACGACCCUUCACAGCGAUGACGCCCGAAAAAACGGCACCCCCGCUCUGUAAACUCAUUGCAGGAUAGUGAAGCCAGACGUUAAGACAUCCUAUAUAGCACCUCGAAAAGAUGCCGGGCCAACAGAUAAUCUCGGAAUCGGUCCUAAUGGAGCUUUCUGAAGGCUCGCAAUCCUUUACGCAGAUGCUCCGUGGGCUAGAUGAUUUGGAACCGAAUUUGUCAGAGAGGGAUUCUCAGAAUCAAACUGCGUGCAGCGCUGAAAGCAGCCAGUCUCCGUCACACUAUUGUAUAUUCGGACAGACCCAAAAGAAGGAUCACGGGUGCUUCGUGUACUCUGAACGAGGACAUCGAUGCUAUUCUGCCUUUCUGUUCGAACGGGUUUACCCUAACACCACCCAGGAACCAAGCGACAUAUUCCCGCCCCAAAACAUCGGCGCAAGUGCAUUGCGAAGAAUCUCCCAGGCCCAAAAAGUUACUUCUUCAAGAAACGGCCCUACACGGACAAGACUCCUCCCCGGCGUAUAACGGCACAGAAGAACAUACACACCGAAAACCCGCGGAGGAUUUCGGAGCGUCUGACAUUCACAAUAAAACAAGGAAAACUGAUGAUUUCAACGUUUUAAAUGACAUUUCACAGGUAGACGACUGGCUAUUCUGUAACGCAGCCAAUCUUCUUGAUUCCUCCAAUUCUUAUGUAGAAACACCCAAACCUGAAAUAGACCAAGCGGAGUUUAUCAAGGCCUUUUCAAAGGCUCUAAAAUCCAGAAAUGUCUUGCUACACCAACGAAUGGUUGAUUUACUCGAGCGGCAAUACAGUCAGGAUAUAUCCUUCUGGCAUCGAACAAUGCCCCGGUUGUUAAAACGCAAAUACCGGCGCUAAAACCAGUUACCGAAAUGGACCUGCCUAUAAUUAAGACAGUUGAAAGCCUUUUGGCGAAAAUACCCCCCGAUCUACUAGCUUUAAUUGAACGGAUGAACGAGGGUGGGUUAUCAGACAUAAUUCCGAUAGACGAAAAUCUAUUUUCCCAAAUUCCCGCCGACCUAAUUGAAAUAAUUAAACAUAUGAACGAGUCAGGAACAACAUAUGAAAACCAAUUAUCUCAAAUCCCGCCAGCCCUAGUUUUUUUAAUAAACCAGAUGAACGAGAGCCUGAGAACUUCUACACCAGACCCUCCAAGCAGCCCGCUAUUAAUGCCCGAGUCAGAAGAGUCUGAAACGGAAUAUGAUGUUUUUGAGGAAUUGGAAAAUGGUCUAAUAAAUCAGGAGGGAGAUGGUCUUGAUAGAAGUGUCAGGGUUGUGUACAGAAAUAAAUCCAGCAAUACAGAGAUUAGACAGUUUUUCAAUUUCACAUGGGUGAAUCAAAAUCUCGAUUAUGCUGUUUUUUACGUCAUGAUUUUGGAUACUCUGAACGAACUGUUAGAGAGGGCAAGAGAUUAUGGCGAACCUCGUGAUGUCUUACAGUUGGAAAUUUGUGGAGAUAGCAUGCAAAACACUGUAUCUCUUAUUUUACCCAAUGGUGAAGCAGAUCUUGAACAAUUUAUAGCCCUGCUGGAACGACUUGUUCAAUCAAAUUUAUCCAUCAUAGCCGAUAGGUCGCUGGAGCUUGUUGUGCAAAUAAUACGGCAACCCCUGGGUGGUGGGGGGCAGAGAAGGAAGCUAGAUAGCCUAAUGCAAUCAGAAAUCAUAAACAAUAAAAGGGCAUGCCUCAUAAACGUUCACAAUCACGGUAAUAAGCUAUGCUUUGCAAUAGGCCUAGCACAUUUACUAAACCCAGGAUGUACGGAUCUAGAGGCGUUGCAAAAGGCUAGAGCUUCAAAAUGCUUUUUUGUACCACAGUAGAGCUAAUGCUUCUCUCUUGAAAUUCUAAAACAACCCCCUCAUCCUCAGAUCCUGUACUUUUAUGGGCAAAACGACCAUUACUAUACAGUUACCAACAUCGGAGCGUUUUUAGGCGCCCCAUAUGUGUGUCAAGCCUGUCAUACCGGCUACACCCGAAAGGGUGGCCACUCGUGCCGUUAUAACUGUUCCGUAUAUGUCUGGAUGAAAAAUGUCCGAUGCAGCCCUUAAACCUGACACCCUGUGCCGAUUGUCACAGGACAUGCCAUUCAUUGCCCAAUCUGUAAAGGGCCUUUGAAAAGCAGAGAGACUGAAAUUGUUCAAGAUGUUCCCCACGAGUGUUAUAUUCAACCCUUGGCUGAAGAUGAACAUUCAGAGAAAUAUGUUUUUUAUGAUUUUGAGACUAAUCAACAAUCAAGGGUUCAUUUGCCUAUUUUUGUAUCUACCAUGACUUUCAAGGGGGAUAAGUGGUCAGCUGAGGGACCCAAUUGUGCACUCCUCUUUCUAAAACACUUCAGAAAACCCCAGUACAGAAACUUUACGUUUAUAGCGCACAAUUCUAGAGCAUAUGAUUCGUACCUUCUUUUGAACCCUCUGAUACAGCAAGGCGUUGCGCCCAGUGUCAUAGCUCAAGGUAGUAAAAUCUUGUGUUUUGUAGACCCCGCUUUCAACCAGAGAUACAUUGACAGUUUAAGCUUCUUACCCAUGAGAUUGUCUCAAAUGCCUGAGGCCUUGGGUUUUGAGAACUCUGUGAAAGGUUGGUUUCCCCAUUUUUACACUAUAUAGGAUCUUAUCCGAGACCUGAAAUGUACGGUUGUGAUCAAAUGUCUCCCAAAGAGCGAGAGAGAUUCAUGACAUGGUACGAGACAGUAUGUCACAGCACUUUUGAUUUCCACAAAGAGAUGGAGUCAUACUGUGACAACGACGUGGUUAUCCUUCGCGAGGGGUGCCUCAGAUUCAGAGCAGAGGUCAUCAAAGAUGCAGGCAUUGACCCCUGGAGUUGUACAACUAUUGCAUCGGCAUGCAUGAAAACCUAUCGUACACACUUUCUACCUCCUGCAUCUAUAGCUAUCCCCUCGCCUGACAACUACCGACGCCAAUUUAAGUCAUACUCUAGUGGCUCCAUUCAGUGGUUGGAGUACUUGGCCCAGGAUAAAGACAUUUUUAUUCAACAUGCUUUGAAUAGGGGUGAGAAGGCGUUUGGGCCUUAUCUAGAUGGAUACACACAGAUUGACGGUGUUGAGACUGUGUUUGAGUACAACGGUUGUUUCUUCCACGGGUGUAAAUCUUGCUUUGAGCCACAGGUCCUGUGUGUCCUAACCCAAAAGACUUUUGGUGAAAUGUACCUAGAGUUUCAAGACAAAUGUGAAUCUUUACAGGCUACUUAUGGUUUGAAAGUGAAUGUUAUGUGGGAGCAUGAGUGGACCGCACUCAAAAAGUCUGAUCCUCAUGUUCGAGCUUUCCUUUCUAGCUUUGACACACCCGAACCCUUGGAGCCACGACAGGCCCUGUAUGGAGGCCGUACCAAUGCUUUGACCUUGCGGUAUGUAGCGCAACCAGACGAGACAAUAGGUUAUGUAGAUUUUACAUCUCUUUAUCCUCAUGUAAUGAGUUCCUCAUGCUAUCCUAUGGGGCAUCCUGAAAUUAUUCACCGCGACUUUGACUUACCCCAAAACUAUUUUGGUCUGAUCAAAGCAACGGUCUACCCACCUAGGGGUUUGUUUAUACCAGUGUUGCCUUACAAGGGACCUCAAGGAAAACUUUUCUUUCCCCUAUGUCGCACCUGCAGUGAAAACAACAACCAGGAAAAGCCUUGUGAUCACUCAGAUCAGGAAAGAGCCCUUACAGCUGUCUGGGUUACACCUGAAUUCACAAAGGCUCUAGAGAAGGGAUAUCGUGUGGCCAAAAUCUUUGAAGUGUGGAACUUUUCCAGGAAAUCAGACACUCUUUUUAAAGAGUACAUCAAGACCUUCUUGAGAUGCAAGCAGAUGGCCUCAGGCUAUUCUUCAUCGGUCACAGAUCAAGAGAGCAAAGACAAGUACAUUCGAGACUAUCACGACAGAGAAGGCAUUCUUCUUGACCCUGACAGAAUAGAGGUCAACAAGACCAAACGAAAUGUGUCGAAAUUGUACUUAAACUCGCUUUGGGGGAAGCUUUCGCAGAGAUGCAAUAUGCUAACAACGACGAUCAUUAAAGACCCCGAAGAAUUUUUGGAAUUUGUUUUUUCGGACCAAUACGAAAUUUCACAUUUUUCAUUCUUGAGUCAAGACAUUGCCCUGGUGCAAUGGAGACGUAACACAAAGUGGGUUCUACCCCCAGGUAAUGUAAAUGUGUUUCUUGCAGCAUUUACCACGGCCUAUGGACGACUUGAAUUGUACGCCCUCAUGGAGCAGCUUCAGAGGAGGGUUCUUUACCACGACACAGACUCUGUGGUCUAUGUAAGCAAACAGGGUGACUGGAGCCCCCCACUUAGCAACUAUCUGGGUGGUUUAACGAGUGAACUCAAAUAUGGCGACCAUAUUUACAUUUACAUUUAAGUCAUUUAGCAGACGCUCUUAUCCAGAGCGACUUACAAAAUGGUGCAUUCACCUUAUGAUAUCCAGUGGAACAACCACUUUACAAUAGUGCAUCUAAAUCUUUUAAGGGGGGGGGUUAGAAGGAUUACUUUAUCCUAUCCUAGGUAUUCCUUAAAGAGGUGGGGUUUCAGGUGU